CAACAGCUCGACGGCAAACAGCUCGACGGCCAACAGCUCGCCCUUCUCGCUCUCGGCCUCCGAAAUCCCGUCGUGUCGAAAUCCAGUGUCUCCACUUUCACCCAAAUUUACACUCAUGUUUCAUCAAAUUAGAUAGUUGAGUAUAUCACGAAACGAAUUCCACUUUGAUCUCUAAAUUUAAAACAUCCUUCACUUAAGUCAAAGUCAAAGUUGGUAGACCUUUAGUUACCAACACGAUUAAUUGUGCCAAAGUGAUGGAUGAACUUUUUCUAUAAAAUUUGUGAAGUAAUAUCAACACCAAAGAAUUACGAAAUGUGUAUUCUGGUGUGAAAAAUUGUUUAAUGAAUAUAUUCGUGUUUUUAAUUUUAUUUUGUGUGAAUUAUAGAAUUAAUGUUAUUUUAAAACGUGAAACCUGUAUCAAGUGUUUUUAAAUUUUGGGAAAAUUAGUUUGAGAAAGUUCGUUAAUCAUAAAUUGACCAAGGCGGAUUAACAAAUCUAAUUUAAAACAAUCUAUUUAAUUACUUCUUACACACUUAAUAAUGGCGUCGGAACUUUACAAACAUUACAAAAACUACACAUUACAAAAAACCAUACAAAAAUUCAGCAAUUGACGAAAAAAUGAAAACUGACUUAAAAUCCAUUGUCUCAUUUUUGUUUACUAAAUUUCUCCUUCAUUCUGACAGACUGGAUUUCAUGAUUUUUCACUAAACUUGGAUAACCGAGAAGAUAACAAUUCACAACCAAAAAAAUAUUAUUUUGAAUCGAGAAACCCGUAUCAGAAAAUUAGAGAAAUUUAAUGAUCGCGUAUCCUGAGAUUGGAAACGCGAUUUGGCCGAGAAAAUUAAAGUUCGAACAUUGGUGAUAUACAAAUAUAUUAUAGAAAUUAGUUAGUUCAAUAUCGUACAUAAUUUACGCCUGGUCGAUAUCUAGUUGAAAUUAAUCGAUUCUGGUUAAAUGGCUAAAAUUUACAAAUGGUGUCGUCCCCUCACAACAGUUUACCUCACAAAAGAGAAACUGGAAAUUUACGUAAAAUCGAUUGUCUUAUUUUUGUACUAACUUUCUCUCUCAUCCUGACAGGCUGGAUUUCAUGACUUUUGACUAAAUUUGGAUAAUCGAGAAGAUCACAGUUCUCUAUAAAUAGUUUUACCGGAUGUGUAAAUCUAUAGUAAAUUGCAUCGCUUAAUUAAAACGAAACUUACUAAAUAUUUAUAUGUAACUUUAGUGUUUUGAUAAUUUUGUGAAAUUUCCUAACUCAAACAUGGUGCCAAGGACAUGAACAAUUUGUGUGUAAUAUUUAUAAAGCUUAGAACAAAUAAUUAGAACAAAUAGAAUAAAUCCUCAGUGGUGAAAGUGGAUGUGAAGUGAGUUUUAAUUAGUUUAGCGAAUAAAAUGCUGUCCCAAAGCGGAACAUCAAACUUCAAAAUGAGAAAAAUUGUGUGCGCAAUGCUCUUUCUGGUCAGAUUGGAUCCAAUUUUACAAGCCUGGAGUUUAUCCCUGGACGAGAGUGGGCCCCGCUUUUUGGACGAGUGGAGCUCUUCAUACGUUUUCAGUAGCAGAUUGGGCGGCAGGUUGCGCUGUGGGGGGCACGGGUCGCCACAACCACGAGUCGAGUGGGUCUUCCGGGAUGGAUUUCCCGUCGGAAAUGUCACCGGGUUAAGAGAGGUGCUGCCAACCGGAAACAUACGCUUUCUCCCCUUUCCCAUUGACAAGUUCCGACCCGACGUUCACUUUGCGACGCUUCGGUGCAAACUUAGUAAUCCGUCGGGAACAAUUAUCAGUCCGGAAGUCGUGGUUCGUGCAGUGCUGGACACCCCGUUCCACAUCCAAAAUCCGGACGUGGCCGUGAUCCGGGGAAAUAAUGCCCUUUUACGCUGUCUCGUGCCUCCCGAGCUUGUGGACUAUAUUACUGUGACUUCCUGGGUGCAAGAUGGAUCACUCAACAUAUAUCCCAACUUCCAAACAGGCAAAUGGCUCCUGCUGCCGUCUGGAGAGUUGCACGUGUUCAGCGUGGACGAGUCUGACGGACGAAAGGUGUUGGCGUGCCGAACGCUGCACAAACUGACGAACGAGGUGAUGACGAGUGAAGGGGCGAGAAUUGUUGUGAAAGAACCUGAGGGACCACAAGCGGUGCGAAUAUUGGGACAAAGGGAGACAAAUUUACGCGUUCGCGCCGGUGAAGAAACGUACCUUUCCUGUCACGCGGAGGGAAACCCGCCACCGUCUUUUUCGUGGCAUCGGGAAAUCGACGGUGUUUUAUCCGACCUUGCUCCCACGUCGAAAAGGCCGCCGUCGUCGUCACCGUCUUCCUCCCCGCAGAAUAGCGUGGUCCACGUGGCCCAAGUCCGACCCCAGGACGCGGGCUCGUACCUCUGCCGCGCUAACAAUUCCCACUCUGUCGACCAAGCCGUCGUUCAACUCGUCGUUUACGUUCCCCUCCGCGUGCAAGUGUCUCCGCCGACGCAAAUUGUUGACGUGGGGCGAUCCGCUUCGCUCCGAUGUCUCGUUUCCGGUUUGCCGAUCCAUUCGCUCGUCUGGUUCAAGGACGGCGUGCCCCUCGCCGAGCUGGAAAGCGGGCCCAGCUCCUCCCCCAGGUUCGAAGUGGGGCCACGCGAAGUCUUGAAAUUGGUGCGUGUUCAGCCCGAGGACGCGGGGAUGUACCAGUGCCUCGCCUCCAAUGACUUCACGACGGGCCAGGACUCCUCCCAGAUACGAUUAGGAUCCGUCCUGCCCGAGAUGGUGUAUCGUUUUUCAGAACAAACGAUCCAGCCAGGUCCGUCCGUGUCGCUGAAAUGCACCGCCGUCGGAAAUCCACCCCCGCAGUUCACAUGGACUCUGGACGGCUUCGCACUGCCAGAAAGUGAAAGAUUUUUGGUCGGCCAGUACGUCACGAUUCAUGACAAUGUGAUCUCCCACGUGAACAUAACGCACGCGCGGGACGAGGACGGCGGGCUGUACGCAUGCCAAGCCAGAAACGCCAUGGGCAUCGCCCUCCACACCGGAAGACUCAACAUUUACGGUCCACCUUUCGUCCGACCGGUUCCUCCGAUAAAGGGCGUGGCAGGGAAGAAUUUGCAAAUCCAGUGUCCCGUCUCAGGAUAUCCGAUCGAAAGCAUUUCUUGGGAGAGAGGCGGCAGUCUUCUCCCCGUGACGAGAAUGCAGCGCGUCUACCCGAACGGAACGCUGAUUUUGGAGCACCUUCAGAAAACGGACGAAGGGAUCCUCACCUGCCACGCGAAGGGCAGACAAGGACAAAUUUCCUCCAGAGACAUUCAUCUCCGCGUUGUCGUUCCGCCGAAGCUGAUGCCGUUCCAGUUCAUGAACACGGUUUUGCGGGAAGGCAUGCGGGCGGCGGUUUCCUGCCAACUGCUCGAGGGCGAUCGACCCAUCGAUCUCGUUUGGGAAUUCGAAGGGAAAACAAUCUCGGGAGGAGUGGCCAAUGGCAUUACGAUUCGAGUUCCGGACGAGUAUUCGUCAACUUUGGUGAUCGACUCCCUUUCUUCGGUGCAUAACGGGAAAUACACCUGCAUCGCGGAAAAUUCAGCGGGACGAGAACACUAUUCUUCCGAGCUUACGGUGCAAAUUCCGCCGAAGUGGAUUUUGGAGCCGAGAGACGUCAACGUAUCGGUGGGACACUCGCUUUCACUUCAGUGCCGAGCCGAGGGCCAUCCCACCCCGGCAAUCACGUGGAAAAGGGCCAUCGGCAUGCACCCGGGCGACUACAAGGACAUCCUUUCCCCCACCGGAAGCUCGUCCCCCUUCGCCAACGGCACCAUCAGAUUCGACCAAGUCCGAAAAUCGGACGAGGGGAAUUAUCUGUGCGAGGCGAGAAACGACGUGGGCUCCGGCCUCUCCAAAGUCAUCUUCCUCAAAGUUAACGCUCCUGCCAAAUUUAACGCGGAGGAACAGGCAGCAAAUUCCGUGAUUUCCGUGCGAUUCGGGGAGAAAGCAAUUCUUGGCUGCCGAAUCGGUGGCGACCUUCCAAUUCAGAUCGAAUGGGGCAACAAACACGGCAAAAUAGGGCCACAUUCGAAUCAUAGAUACACAUUUCGCCAGCAAGAAUUAGAGGAUGGUAUCUUAUCCGAAUUGCUGAUAGCCUCCGUUGACCGGAGCGAUUCUGGAGCUUAUUCAUGCCGAGCUUCCAAUCCUUUCGGGUCAGAUCAUACCAUCGUCACGCUCAACGUGCAAGAGCCUCCCGAGCAGCCUGGUAAUUUGCGCGUGGUUGAGGUGGGGAGCCAUUCGGUGGGGAUUUCCUGGUUGGAAAAUUUCAACGGGAACAGUCCCCUCAUCAACUUCAUCAUUCAGAGCAAAUUCCCCUCAGAAACCUGGACAGAAGCCGAAGUCGAAGAACUUGCCGUUCCCGCCACCCAAUCCACCGCGCUGGUCGAAGGCCUAACCCCUUCGUCGACUUAUCACCUCCGCGUCCUCGCCCAAAACGGGGUCGGCUUCAGCCCGCCCUCGGAAGUCGUGCAGAUCACGACGACCGAGGAAGCUCCCGAAGGCCCGCCCAUCGAAAUCGUGGCGGAAGCGGACUCCUCCACGAGACUGAGGGUCCGUUGGGCCCCGCCAGAAAGGGCGCUCUGGCACGGGCAGAUUUUAGGCUACUAUCUCGGCUACCGAGAACUCUCCCUCGCUCUGGCCGAUCACCCCGUGCUGCUUUCACAAGAGGAUGGAAAUGAGGGAGUGACCAUGACGGGAGAAAAUUGGAGGACCUUGCUACAUUCACAUUUAUACGGAAAUUUAGCCGAUUUGCAUGGAUAUCACUUCAAAACAGUGGAGGUUGGUCAAGACUUUGGGGGUGAAACGACGAUUCACAAUUUACGAAAAUUUACACGAUACGCCAUCGUUGUGCAGGCCUUCAACGCGAAGGGUGCCGGACCCUCGAGCAGCCCCACCGUCGCCACCACGCUGCAGGACGUGCCAACCCAGCCGCCAGAGAAAUUUGAGUGCAGAUCCACCUCCCCGCAAAGUUUGGUCUUGACCUGGGAACCACCCCCGCUCGAAGCGCGUCACGGGGCCGUCCAAGGCUACAAAGUGGACGUCCUCGUCGUCGGAGGGCAGGACGAGGGGGGGCCGGGCAGCGAGGCCGAAUCGGGGGACCAAAUCGAGACGAAAGUGACGACGGAGAGAGACCUCGUUUUGCACGGGUUACGAAAAUGGACCAAUUAUUCCGUCACCGUGCGAGGAUUUACCGUCGUCGGCGAUGGGGCCGUGUCAACCCCGCUCUUGUGCAGGACGGACGAGGACGUUCCCUCUCCACCGUUGGGGCUGAAGGCGGUGGUGUCCUCUCGACGGUCCAUCCUCAUCUCGUGGCUUCCUCCGGCAAACCCCAACGGAAAAGUCCUCAAGUUCACCGUCUACAGCAGAAUCUCCGAUGAGACCAAAGUGGAAAAGAAGCAGGUGUCGUUUCCGGACCUUCGCCUGGAGUGGGUUGGACUGAAGGAGGCCUCCACGUACGAGUUCUGGGUCAGCUGCACGACUCGAGUGGGGGAGGGCACGCCCACCAAAAGAAUCAACGCCACCACCCCCACAAACAAUAAAGUUUCCGCGAAAAUAGCGACUUUUUCUGGAACGGUGGAAAUUCCGUGGAAGAAAGAGCUUGGGCUGGAUUGCGUCGUGGUGGGUGUGCCGGAACCCACGGUGGAGUGGAGCUUUAACGGUGGUGCGGAAAUCCACGGGGGAAACGGGAAGCGAGAGGUGCAACCGAGUCCAGGUGGAAACACGAAACUGGUCGUGAAAGACGUCGGAGUGGAAGACGGUGGAAAUUACACCUGCACAGCCACCAACGCGCACGGGAGCGAAAGCGUGGUUUACGCGGUGAAAGUGCAGACCCCGCCGGAAGCACCCAUCCUCCAAGUCAUCGAGGUCGGAUACACGUCCUUAAAGGUCGUCUGGUCAACCCCACACUCGGGUGGGAGCCAGGUCAGAGGUUAUUUGGUGAGCUACCGUCGUGAUGGGGGCGACUGGGAGGAGACGGAGGUUGGCCCGCGUGCGACGGGGCACACCCUGCAGCCGCUCCUCUGCGGAUCCACCUACCAACUCUACAUCACCGCCGUCAACAAAAUCGGGCCCAGUCCGGCGUCAGAUAUUUUGACCCGAAGCACGAAAGGCAGUGCCCCGAUUUCCCCCAAGAAGGAGGAAGCCCUUGUCUCGAACCACUCGACGAUCGUGAUGCGUUUGGACCUUUGGAAGGACGCCGGCUGCCCCAUUCUUCGAUUCACGAUCGAGUACAAAAAAUCCCAGGAAAAAAGCUGGAUGCGGAUUCCUGCCGAGCUCAAUGGUUCUGCAAAGUCGUACACGUUGACGGGCCUGCACGCCAACACGCGGUACGACAUUCGCGUCACGGCCGGAAACCAUGCCGGCGACACGUUAGCUAAAUACGAAUUUCUCACCGGAUCACUUCCCCCACUGGACACCACCAGUCACGGUAACGGUGGUGGAAAAUCCCCGGGAGAAAGUAUUGGAGAAAGUCGUGAUGGUGACAGUGCUUUGGGAGAAAACGAGGCGUCCACGCUGAGCACGUCGCUCCUGAUCGUGUUCCCCUCCGUCCUCGCACUCGCCAUGGUCACCGCCGUCAUCUCAUUCUUCUGCUACAUCCGGAGAAAACGAAUUUUAGGAAUUCCACACCCGAAAACGGUGAUUGGUGACCACAAUUAUGCCGGAUCUGGCGAUGGGACGUCCUAUCUUGACUGUGGAGGUGGUCAAGGUCAAGGUUACGGUCACGGUCAGGGUGGAAUCAUGUACGACGCAGCCACUCCGCACCAGCAUUACACGCUCGUCAAGGGGUCUCAAGGCCAGUUCCCGCCUGAUCUGACCGCACAAUACGCCACCAAAGGAAGGGACCUUGCAGGAGACUAUGGAGACGACGUGUGUCCGUAUGCGACCUUCCAACUUCCCGAGAACCCCCCUACACGUCCCCUGCUCACGAAAGGGCUGGGCGGCAGUGGGGGUUUCCACACGGGGGACACGCUCUACAACGUGGGAAACGUCUACUCCGGACCCUACCACGCCGUUCAGUCGCAAAAUUCCAUGGCCACGCUUUCUCUCAGAGACACCGAAUACAUGAAGUCUGGUCGAUUAACCAAAGUUGUUGGUGACGAGGAGGACGCCGAGGUUACCAAAAUUCUGGCCAUGCACAUGCCCCCACUCGAGUACGACGACACCGGCGCAAAUGAUGGCGAAAUUUCGCCAAAAUAUCACCACCCCCACAACCAAUUCUCCUCCCACUUCCACAACGAUUACGCUUCUUCGCAACAGCAACGACAAAUCAUUUUGCAACAGCAACAAUAUCAAAAACAACAUGUUGGCACAUUUAGACGCCGAAACGGACAAGAUCGCAUCCCCACCUCGGAAGAAAUGGAGUCUUCCUCUUCCUCCCUGGACGAGGAAUCAUCUCCCACCACGGGUCGACCCUCGGCGAAAGGUGGCCGCGCCUCUUACUGCGCGGGGCGCCCCCACCACCACCGUCACAAAAGUAGUAAAAAGUCCACCUCUGGAUCUUCAAACAGUGGGGGCGGCGGACAAAUCAUCCUGCGCGUCCGGUCCAGCUCUGGGUACUCCUCGCACACGGAGGAGACUUCUUUCACCACGACGGCACAACCGCCCCCAAAGUUAUCCGACGCGGAGGAUCAGCUUCUUCACAGAAAUGACGACGCUUCUGGAGCGAAAGGGUUGUCAAUGAAGCGAAAUCAGGGGAAACAACAAAGGCAAAGUCGAAGUAAAAAUAAGGGAGGCUUCCAUAUCGAUGUUUGACACGAUUAGUUGGGGCACUAGGCCGCGGGAGAAAGUACAUUCAUUCUACAAUAAAAGUUUAUGAUGAUGUGGGAAGAGGAGCUUAAAGUUAGUUAUAAUUAUGUAUCCCUAUAUUCGAAAUUUUGAAACUUAGAAAUGAAAAAAAUAUGAAAUUAUGAAUCAAACAAAUUAUGAAAUUUAUAUAAAGUUUUAUAUACAACGUUUUAUGAAGGAGUCUAUUCAUGAAAUGUGAAAUGUGAUUAUCAAAAUUUAUAAAAAAUAUCGUUCCAAAUUAUGAUAGAUACUUAAAAAAAACUAUACAUAUGCUGUUAACGGAUGAGAUGCACGGUUAUCUCACGUUUUGUAUAAUUUUUACGUGUGAAAAUAAAAUUUAUUAAAAGAUCAUUCGAACCUUAAAUAUGCAA